AUGGCCGCAAAGUCAGUAAAAGAGCCAAAGAAGGCUCGCGAAACGAGGUCAGAAAGCGAAUCAAGUUCAUCUGCCGAGUCAAGUUCCAGAGCCGAGAAGUCUUCCAGUUCUAGUUCAGAGCAAUCCGACAGCUCUGAUAAUGAAAGCACGGUGUCUUCCGAUGAUAAGUCCAAGAAGCAGAAUGGACAGUCAGCCAAAAAACCUUCAAAAGCACGCACUUUCGGCGCCUCGCAGCAAUACAAACCACCUUUCGGCUUCAAGUCCGCCAAAAACCAGCCCGUCUCUUCCACUACAACUUCCACCCUGUCGAACCUAGCCGGAAAGCAAAUUUUCCACAUCACUGCGCCUGCCUUCCUCCCGCUGUCAAAGAUCAAGGAGGUUUCGUUAGCUGGAGCCCUCAAGGGUGAGCCGAUUUUGAAGCAUGGAGGAAAGAACUUCGGGAUUCCCGCCGAUAGUCUGGCGCACGCCCAAGCAGGUGCCAGCGGGCAGACGCUCUUCCUCUACGACGCUAAGGCGCAAACAUAUCACGGCACCGUAACGAACGUUCCUACCUACCGUAUCCAGGAGAUGAUUGAACUUCCCGGCGGCGCAGAACUCGAAGAAGCGAGCCUCAAAUCCGCAAAGGCUCUGGAGAAGCCGCCAAGAAAGCAACCCAAGCAUCUGAAGAUGCGCUUCCGACCUGUGGGGAGCGGUUAUGCUCCGCCGGAGACAUUGGGGUCAAGCUCUGAGGAGUCGGAAGGGGAGGAGCCUACUUUGAAGCCGCAGGCAAUUGAGAAGGAGAAGGAGAGGAAGAGGAAGCAUCUGCAGACGGAGGGGGAUGAUACACAGGCCGCCGGAUUGCCCAGGAAGAAGUCUAAGAAGCAUUCUUCUGGCGAUGGUGAAGCUGGCGAAGAGAAGAGUAAGAAGAGCAAGGAUCGGGAUGGGAAGAAGCGAAAGAAGGAGAAGGCUUGA